AUGCUUGUGGUCUUCCAGCACGAGGAGAAGCCCAGGUGUCGGUACCUGGCAGUCCAGCUGUCCCCAGCCAUCCCCGUGUUUGCAGCAGUUCUCUUCCUGUUCGCCAUGGCCACGCUCCUGCGGACGAGCUUCAGUGAUCCUGGGGUGAUCCCAAGAGCCCUGCCUGACGAGGCAGCCUUCAUCGAGAUGGAGAUCGAGGCCACCAACGGGACCGUGCCGCAGGGUCAGCGCCCGCCCCCGCGGAUUAAAAACUUCCAGAUCAACAACCAGAUAGUGAAGCUGAAGUAUUGCUACACAUGUAAGAUCUUCCGUCCGCCCCGUGCCUCUCACUGCAGCAUCUGCGACAACUGUGUGGAGCGCUUCGACCAUCACUGUCCCUGGGUGGGCAACUGCGUGGGGAAGAGGAACUACCGCUAUUUCUACCUCUUCAUCCUCUCGCUCUCACUCCUCACCAUCUACAUCUUCACCUUCAACAUAGUCUACGUAGCACUGAAAUCUCUGAAGAUUGGGUUUCUGAACACGUUGAAGGAAACCCCAGGGACUGUACUGGAGGUGCUCAUCUGUUUCUUCACCCUGUGGUCGGUGGUGGGGUUAACUGGGUUCCACACCUUCCUGGUGGCACUGAAUCAGACAACCAACGAAGACAUUAAGGGGUCCUGGACUGGGAAGAACCGCGUGCAGAAUCCCUACAGCCAUGGCAACAUAGUGAAGAACUGCUGCGAGGUGCUCUGUGGACCUCUUCCCCCCAGUGUCUUGGACAGACGGGGCAUCUUGCAGCAGGAGGAGAACACAGCUCAGGAGGAGUCGUGCCCACGGGGACCCAGCGCUCAAGAUCCCACCGUUGCUCAUGGCGCCGGCGCGCCGGCAGAGGAGAGCAGUGCUCAGCAGAAGGAUGGCAGUGUUCCUCACCCGAGUGCCGUCCCUGUGCCAUCCCUGAGCAAUGCUGAGAUGCCAGAGGAGAAGCAGCUAACGUCUGGGGAGCUCCCGGUCCCAUCCCAGGACGCUGGGCAAGCAGAGCACUAGCAUCUGCUUGAAAGGGAGAACUUUCUUGUUUUGUCUAAUCAAAGCUGGAAGUGAUAGAGGAGAGGAGGAGAUGGGCUGGAUGGCAGGCAAACGAUUCCUCAUGGCCAUUUUGCUUUAGUCAUUAUUCACCUCGAUGCGCAGGCGGUGCGGGCUGGCGCUGGCCUUGCAUGGUGUCAAAGGAUAACGAGCCCAAGUGGCCCGCCUUGGUCACCGAGGCUGGUCUGCCUGCAGGCCGAGGCAGGACCUCUUGCGCUGCAGGUUGUCCUGGAUGCUAAAUACCGGCUCGGUGGCUGGGCCUGUCCCUCCGUCUGGCCCCGACUCUCUGAAAAGAUGACUUGUGGUCACGCAGCUCAGAAGCGACGUUAGGGUCGGCCUGCUCCCUACUGCUGAGGAAUCCCGAUGGGAAGGGGAAAACAAUUUAUGGCAGUAGCGUCCUCUCUCCCCUCCUCCCUCCUUCCUCUAAUCUGUGGCAUUGUUUUAUUGGUGAACGUGGCAGGGGUUGUCAGGAGACAUUUUGGUGCCAAAAGGGCCAAAACAACUGGGAAGGCGUUCU